AUGGACAAAAUGAAUCGUUUAAAUAUGAAUUUUCGUAAUAAUAGUUUACUGACACUUAUUAAACCUUUUGAAGCAUCAAGGGUAAUCGUUUCAUGUAUAUCUCAAUCGUUUAAACAGGUUAAUCUACGGUUUACUCAUCAAAAUACAUACUCAUGGCCUAAUACUCUAUCACGAAAAAGAAAAAUUGUAUAUGUAAUAUCAGGAAUUACAAUAUGGGCAUUUGUGCUUGGAGUUUCUUUUAAUUAUCAACGUUAUUGUUCUCCGGUUAUUUCUUAUCUUAUGUAUGAGCUCAAACGUAGUCCGACUGUAGAAACAUAUCUUGGAAAAAAUAUUGAUUUCUCAUCUAAAUGGCCCUGGAUAUAUGGAAAAAUUAAUAAUGUUAAAGGCCAUAUUAAUAUAUCAUUUCGAGUGAGUGGUUCUAAAGAUAGUGCAAUUGUUAAAUUUAAGAGUGUUCGCAAAGAAAAGGGCGUGGACUGGGUAACAUUGGAGUGGACUAUAUCUCCAAGUAAGAAUCAUGAAGAAAUAUCUCUUUUGGAUGAACUAAAUUUACUAAGUAAAUGAUUAUUUAGUUCUCUUGAAUGAAUUCUAUGUAAGAAUGAAUAGUAAAAAUAAUGGUUAAAAAUGUUAUUUUUGAUUAUUCAGAAUA